AUGACCGUAUUGGAAGAUAUGCAAAUUCAUAGUAUCAUUUGGGAAGAGAGAACCAUGAGAAGGGAAGGAUCAUUAUUGACGUUUUCAAAUUUUCUUGUUUCUGUGUUGAUCUUCCUGUUCAUCACAGAAAUACAAGCAAGAAAACUUCAACAAGAAUGUUCUUCUUCAUGUGGAGACAUCAGUAACAUAAGAUACCUUUUUCGCCUUAAGGGCAAUCCAGCAGUAUGUGGUCAUUCUAACUUCGAACUUUCAUGCCAAAGCAACAAAACCAUCCUAGAGUUUCAUUCAGGAAAGUACCAUGUGAAGGGAAUUUCACAUAAAGAAAAGACUAUCAGUGUUGUAGAUGUUAACUUAGCCAGUGGAACCUGCCGCCUUCCCUACGGAUCUUUGUCAGCAGACGACAUACUUAAGGAAUUUUCCAUUAAGUUUAGUUUUGGACUAGAACUAGACGGUAACUACAGUUAUGCCACAUUUUUCCGGUGCUCUCAGAAGAUUAAUGAUCCGCGUUUCACAAGAAUUCCUUGCUUGAGUGAAAAUCAGUCUCAUUCUUAUGUUACAAUUUAUUACCUAGAGUAUCAGUAUCAGUUUUGCUCGUUAAAUGCAGUGACUCCUAUAUACUAUAGGCCAUAUGAGCUGUUUGGUAAUAUCACAUAUCAUUAUGAAACCAUCCGCAAAUCUCUGCAGUCAGGUUUCAAUCUUACAUGGUCCUUUGAGUGCAGGGAUUGUCUUGCCCCUGAUGGUAUGUGUUCUGUUAGGGCAGGGACAACAGGAUAUAUGCGUGAUUGCAAAAACUCUGAAACUGCACUUAGUCGUAGUUUCGCUGAAUAUAUAGCCCAUUUCAUGGAAUGGUAUAUGAAUAUGGGAUUUGUUUUUGGACAGCUUCUGCUCGUGGUGGUUCUAGUGGUUCUUAUUUGCAGAUUUAUUGGUGCUCCAAUAGUUUUAGCUGUGUACCUCAUCUUCAAAUAUAGAACAAGAACGAAGAAGGUUGACACUGUGGAGAAAUUUCUGCACAAUCAGCAAUCCUGGAUGCCUAAAAGGUACGCUUACCCAGAGCUAAUGGCAGUGACAAACAAUUUUGAAGAAAAAUUGGGCCAAGGUGGCUUUGGAUCAGUUUACAAAGGAUGACUUCAUAGUGGUUGGUUAAUUGCUGUCAAACUGCUAGAAAAUUCAAAGUUUAGUGCAGAAGAAUUCAUCAAUGAAGUCUCUACAAUCGGUAGAAUUCACCAUGUCAACAUAGUAAAAUUAGUUGGAUUUUGUUCAGAAGGAUCUAAACGUGCUCUUGUGUACGAGUAUAUGCCAAAUGGAUCUCUUGAUAAGCAUAUAUUUUCCAAGGAAAGCAAAUCUCUAUUAUUUAGUUGGGACAAACUAUAUGAAAUUGCUCUUGCAACUGCCUGUGGGAUCGAGUAUCUACAUGGAGGAUGUGAUGUAUGCAUUCUUCAUUUUGACAUUAAGCCACACAAUAUCUUACUGGACCAAAAUUUCAUCCCAAAGGUCUCUGAUUUCGGACUUGCAAAAUUUUAUCCAAAGGAAAAUAAUUUUGUGUCCGUUAGUGCUACAAGAGGAACAAUAGGAUACAUAGCUCCUGAAUUGAUUUCGAGGAAUUUUGGAACAGUUUCUUGCAAGUCAGAUGUAUAUAGCUUUGGAAUGUUGUUGUUGGAAAUGGUUGGAGGGAGAAGAAAUUCUGAUAUGAAGGCAGCUCGUUCAAGCAAAGCAUACUUCCCAUCUUGGGUAUAUGACCAAAUAAAUAUUGGUGGGGAUUUGGAGAUCCAAGAUGUCACUGAAAAUGAAAUCGUGAUUGCAAGAAAAUUGUGUUUAAUUGGGUUAUGGUGCAUACAAGUGAAGCCUUCAGAUCGUCCCUCAAUUACAAAGGUUAUUGAAAUGUUAGAAGGGAGCAUCAAUGACUUGCAAAUGCCUCCUAAGCCUUUCUUUUCUUCUUCUGAGCAUGUCUCUAUAAGAGAGAUUCAAUCAGACUCUUCAACUGAGUUUCUAUUAUCUGAAUCAAUGGAAGGAUGCUCAUACAACAAUACUGAUGCAUUAAUUAGUUGUUGCAAUAAAAGCUACAAUAUUUGUUUGUAA